UCAAUGUACCCUCGCAUUUCCUGCCAUAUAAUUAAAGUAUCCGGUUGUACCCCAUGGUGAGGGUCCGCUUGUUUCCACCUCCUUCACCGAGGGAGGGAGGCAGACUGCUCCAGGCGUUUUGGGAUUUUUUUUUAUUUAUUUAUUAUUUUUUAUUGUCUUCCUCAGUGUACCUGGGAAACACCGUGCAGUGCGGAUGUGUGUGUGUGUCCUCUUUUCAUUUAAACACCAGGGAACGGGACCACAGAGGCACAGGAGGUCAAUUAAGCUGUUUUCAUGCAUAGAGAAGAAUAGAAAGAGGAGGAAAGAAGGAGAAAUGAAGAAGGAGGAGGAAGAAGAGGGAAGGGAAGGAGGAAGAGGAGAAGGAAAAGAAGAAAUAUUAAGAAAAGAUUUUCACUGAAUUUCCAGCGUUUUAAAGUGAGACGGCCCACAGAGUCGCGCCAAAAACGUGGAUCUACAGGCCAGGCAUCUUAUGUUUAACCAGGUGUACAAGGUGCUGGCUUUCAAGGGCCCCUCCACACCUACAGACACACGCACACACCACCAGAUACAGGAAGAAUUAAUUGAUGAGCUACAGAACUACAGCAUCGUUCAGGUGGCAGCCGGAGACCAGCACUCUCUUGCUCUCACCUCCUGGGGCCUGAUCUACGCACGGGGUGACAAUGGGUACGGUGAGCUUGGCGUCAACUCCUGCGACAGUCACACCGCCACACGCAAGCUUGUCAAGAGUCUGGCCAGGAAGGUGACAGUGCAGCUGGCCUGUGACGCCAACCACACCCUUGCCUUGACUGCUGAUGGUGACAAAAUACCUUCGGCCAGUUGGCACUUAGACACCGACAGGGGCCCCAGAAGGAUCCUGCCCUGGUGACCUCCUUGGCUGGCACCCUCUUAGUCCUGCUGGCCGCUGCGGGUCACCACUCUGCUGCCGUGACCCAGGCCGGCUACCUGCUGUUGUGGGGGUCAAACAAGCAGGGUCAACUGGGCUAUACUCCCAAGGGUGAUCCUCUUGUUAGUGACACCCCAGCGUUGGUGCCAAAUUUUGCCUGUUAUUCUGAACCAAUUGGGUAUGUGGCACUUGGGGAGAGCCACACAGCGGCACUCGACUCUUUAGGGAAGCCUCUCCCUUGGCCAAGUCAGCACCGAGGCAGAGUUGAUUGAUAUACAGGUGUGAAUUCAGCUGCCUCUUCGCUGUUCCCGUUGCCAGGAUACCAUGUGAUCGAGGCAGUGUUGGGGAAGGUGAAAUUAUCCAUCAGGUGUGACGUGUGCUGCUUCACUCCAUCCCAUGAACAGUUGCCCACAGCAAUCUCUACCACAUCAGGCCUGACAUACUUCAUUGUGAUCAGGGAGUCAAGUUUCAUCAGGAAGAGAGGCUGUGUCACUACCUGUAAGCCUGACGAGGUGUUAGUUAAGUCAAGGAGCGUCAUCAGGAAGAGGGGCCGAGUCUUGCUACCUGUAAGCCUGACAAGAGGAGUCAAGGAAUUUUUCAUUGCAAUCAAGGAAGAGUCAAGUUGUAAGAAGAUUGUAAGGCAAGAAUUUUAAGCAGGAAUAAUUGUCAAGCAGUUAACAGCAGGAAGAAUGCAGCGAGAAAAGGGUACAAGAGUUUUCAAGUAAGAAGAUUGUAAGGCAAGAAUUUUAAGCAGGAAAAAGUAAGGUAAGAAUUUUAAGGAAUAAUUGUCAAGCACUUAACAGCAGGAAGAAUGCAGCGAGAAAAGGGUACAAGAGUUUUCAAGUAAGAAGAUUGUAAGGCAAGAAUUUUGAGCAGGAAGGAUAUUGUUAAGCAGUUUAGCAGCAGGAAGAGUCCCUUCAAGCUGUUGGUGGGAGUGACAAGCAUCCUUCAGGACUUGCAAAGGCUGAAGUCCUCAACACUAGUCUCACUCAAGUUGACACAGGAGCUCUCUGACACAAGGAAAACAAAUCAUUUAUCCUAUUGUGUAUUUAUUAAACUUUUGUGAUUAAACAAUAUAUAUAUUA